GGCCCGAUAGAUACAUUCAUAAUAUGAAAACUUUUUUAGUAUAGCAUAAAUUUUACAUUGGUUAACCUAAAUUUUAGUAUUUCUUUGAUCAACGGUACCGCAUCCACUUAUGGCAUAAUGUUUACCGGUCGGGUUCUCAUCUGUUCCCUAAUAUUCGAGGGUAAGAUGUGGCUACAGCAGAGGCGACGAGUGUCGGAGCACAGACUUCCGUACCAUCGCAGACUUGUGCCCGUGAAGCUCCAGGAGCGUAAGAGUUCUAGGACCGAUCUAAAGAGGCCGCCCUUCCUGCUGGUCAAGAGCUUUCUCAACUUGCGCCACAUGGACGGCGACUACGGGACGGACAUGAGACGAGUUACGGACGAGCUAAGUUUCCAGCCCCACCGCACUCUCUUCAUCAAUACCCUGCGAGGGCCGCAUCGUCAGUUUUCGAACACGGAACCAAUGGCGGACAUGAUGGAUGAAAGUUCCGUAGCUUUGGACUCGGGUUCGAAGCCGUGAGAGUGGGUAAUAGCGUUUAAAUGGAAGAUAACGAUUUAAGUAU